AUGUUCACCUAGUCAGUGUGGAAAAUUUCUAAUGGAAAAUCAACCCCUUAGAUCAAAUUAGUUAGAACUGUACCCGAUUUAUCUACUCCUUAAAAUAAAGUGAAAAGUACUCCGAAAAUAAGAACUAGCAGAAUACAUUGGAAAGUAGAGCAAAAACUUUAAGAAUUCAUGCCAUCGGAUUCAGAUUAAAGAAUUCAUGAUUUGAUACUUAAUUCUUUAUAAUACAUGCCAAAAGAAAUAAUAAACUCUAUAAAUUUACAGCAUUAUCAGAAUAGUUAUUAAUUUCAUCAUCGUAUCACAUAACAGGAAUUAGAAUACCAAUUAAUUAGUUCACUUGAAUAAAUAAGUUAAGAAAUAAUAGAACCCUUGUUUUAAAAAGAUGAUUCAAAUAUUCUAGGAGUAGCUGAUGAUUUGAAUCCCUACAAGAAAUAUAAUAUCACAGCAAUUCCGAAAUUGAUAGAAAUAGUUAAUGGAGACAUAGAGAGCAUCAUUAAAUUCUUAAUCCCCCAAAAUAAGAAAUUAUCUUAAUGUAUAGAGUAUAUCUGGAAAUAUUGUGUUUUUAUGCUGGAUUUAACAAUGUAGUUCAGUUUGGAUAGAAGUAACAAAUAUAUUAUUGAAUAAGUGACAAAAUUAUAAAAAAAGUUAUCAAAUGCAAAAACAUAAGUACAUAAUUUUGAAAAUAGAGUAGUAAAAAUGACCUAAGAGUUUGAGACAGCAAUUAUGAAGGAAAAAUAAAGGUAUUAUGAAUUAUAAGCUAAUUAUGAGAAAAUAUUGGCUAAGGCAACAGAGUUGGAAAGAUUAAUUAAUGAGGAUAUUAAAACUGAAGGUCGAGAUGACUCUUAUAAAUUAAAAAAAAAUGUAAAAGAAUUGGAAGCAAAUCUAAAGAUACUUGAAUCUUAGUUUAGUAAACAUGAAGAAGAAUUUGUUUCGCAAUUAACUAAUGUAGCGUAUGUUGCUAAAAAUAAGAGGGAAACAUGUUAGGCAUAAAUUAGAAAUAGAUUAGCAAUGAAUGUGAUUGCCUAAUAACCAGGAGAUAUGGCAUUUAGUUUAAUGUUUUCAGAUCAUCCCUGGGUACCAAUAUUCUGUGUUCGAUAAUUAAUGCAAUACUAUGAUGAGCCUCCCUAUGUUGUUGAGGAAGACAAUAAAUUAGAAUUAUUACAUAAGGUGCUGAUGAUGGAGUAGUCUAGGGUAAGUCCAUGCCAACAAUUAAUAGAUUAUUAUUAAAAGUUUCCUGAACUCUAUAAGAAUAUCAUCACUAUUCUUGAACCUUUUGAAGAGGCAACAUAAGCUGCAGUGCAAUUAAAUAAUUUAUGUUCUAUUUUUUUUAAUAUUCAGGGAGUAGAAACAAUAGAGAUCUAUUAUAUCAAUCAAAUAAAAAGGAUUUAUUAGGAAUUUUAUGCUUAGAUCUUGAAUGUGCAAUAACAUUCAAAAAAUCCAGAAUAAAUUAAAUUAUAAAUUGAAAUGGAGGAUGAAAAUUUGAAACAUAAAAUUGUUAAGUUAAAUUUAAAUUAUGGAAAAUCCACUUUGAUGUUCAGUAUAAGCAAACCAUUUUUAGAAACAUAUUUCUCUUAAUUUCAAAUUUAGGCUCAAUUAUAAUAAAUCUUUGAUACUAGAAAGGAUAUAACUAUGUUACAUUUAUUAUCUAUUUAUGCAACAGAAUUGUCAAAACAAUCUAAGACUUUAUUUGAGAAUAAAUUACAGAAUUUUAAUGUGCCUGAUGUUGAUUCACUAGGUAAGUACAUUGCUUAUGAAAUAUUCCCAGAAUUUAAGUUAGACCCAAAUCUUGUAUAAUCCUACAUAAUCCAUAGGUAUUAUUAUUUAUAAGAACAAUAAAUCAAGUUUAACAAAGAGUAUUUGUAUAGAAACUAAUCGACAACUUCAAACUAAAUUUUAGAUAGAGAAUCAAUAAUAAAUGGGGUCAAAUAGCUUAGAUAAUCACUCUUAUUUAAUCCUAUGCUAUUGAUUUCACAUAACAUAGUGGCACCUUCACAAUCAUCAAAACAACCUAGAAGACAAUCUUCUGUUUAAUAAUGA